AUGAUUAUGAAAUCAAAACAAAUGAUUAUUAUUGUUAUUUUAAUAUUAAUUUCUAUUGUUAAUGGUAGUCGAUAUAAUUAUAAUUGUCAUCAAUAUGAAAAUAGAGUUUACCAAUUAACAGUUACAUUUCCUGAUAAAGAACCACUUUAUUGUGCAUUAAGACUUCAGACACAUGGAAUGUUUGAUGAAUUAUUUAGUAUAGCAGGUGGAAAUAAUGCAGCUGAACUUGGUUCAAGUUUUGCAUUAAGUAAUCGUGUUGGUUACUAUAAAUGUUUAGCAGGAAAUAAAAUGCAUUUAACUGGUCUUGGAUAUCUUUAUAAAACUGAAGAUGUCGAAUUUUUAAAGGAAAAUGGUGCUGUUGUUAUUCAUGAUUAUAGUUUUCGUUUUCAUAAUGAUGGUAAAAAGUUGACUGGUCAAGUUAAAUUUGCUGUUUUUAAGAAUGGAGAAAAUCCAUUUACAACAAAUGAUAAACCAGUUUUUGUAGGUGAUAUUGGACAAGUUAAAGGUGAAUUAUUAAAAUAUCGAGAAUAUUAUAAGUUAUAA